AAUUACUGGGAAUAUGGUCACACAAGCGGCUAUGAGCACGAAAUUUCACCAUGAUUGGUUCAGUGGUUGAAUCGAGGAGGAGAUGGUAAUCCUGCGCCACUAUCUUCACAUCUCGGCCGGGUAGGUAGAUCCCAGUCAUGUCUUUCGACCAGAUGGUGGCCGUUUAUCACUAUCAAUAUCACCUUUUCGUCCUCUCCUUGACUUCUUAUCCAAACCCGUUGUGGCGUGCCACCAGGGACCUCAGAUAAAGUCCCACCAUGUCACCAUACAGCACACUGGAGGUUAAGGGCGUCGAGGGCUAUCAUCCGUACUGUAAUGGCGAGACGGAUAAGGAAGUGAUUCAACAUGACAGCGUCUACCCGCAGCUGGCUGCCUUCGAGACGGAUAGGGGAUAUCUUCCAGAGGUCCUUGCCCACGAAAGUGUAUAUCCUUCAUACAACCCACCGGCCGUUCAGGAUUCACCACAACAACAGCCACAGCAACCAGCAAGCAGGAUAUGGGGCCUGCCAAAACGCACAUUUUACAUACUUCUCAUAAUCGGGGUAGUAAUAAUAGCCGGCGCCCUCGCCGGCGGGAUCGGAGGCGGCCUGGCCGCUAAACAGCACCGCGCUUCCUCGGCCUCGGACACCAACGGAACCCAAGGCUCGAACAACAAUGAGAAUGGCAAUGGCAACAAUAAUAACAAUGACAACGAUAACGACAACGGCAACAAUAACAACAAUAAUAAUAACGUCAACAUCCUCUCCAUAUCCCAGCUCACAGCCAGCAACCGCACCGACGUAAACGGACACGCGCACCGAACAGUAUUCUUCCAAGACCCGUCCUCGGCGCUGAUAGCCCGGCGCUGGGAUUCGGCGAACGCGUCCUGGACGACGGCGAACCUGACGGCGCUCACGCGCGCCGCCACCUCGAACGCGCUGGACCUGGGCCUAGCUCCCGGCGCCAGCUUAGCCAGCGCGUCGCUGACGUACGGAAACAAGAGCGAGACGCACGUCUGGUUCGCGGGGACCGCGGGCUUGGAGAGUAGCGUGGUGGUCAGGUCGUUGAUGUUGAUGGACCCCGACGCGGCGCCGGAUGCGUGGGAGUAUGACGAGGAUGUGGAGGCCGCGAAUUUGCAGGUGUUAGAGGGGAGUAGGAUGGCGGCGGCGUGGCAGCGGUGCUGGCGUAAUGAUACGGUGGGUGGAGAUGAGGAAGGUGGGGGUUGCUUGGGCGCGUGGACGCUUGCGUAUCAGGACCCUGAUGGCGAUGUGUAUGUGGGCAACGGGACGGGGUGGAAGAGUCCGGCGAAGGUUGUGGAGGCGAGGAGCGUGGCGCGGAAUACGAGUUUGGGGCUCGUGGCGCAGGUUGAGAAUGGUGGGAGGACGUCGGUUAGUCGCGUGAUUUUGGUGAGUGAGAGUUUGGGCACGGGCGAGGUGGGCGAUAUGCAGAAGAUGAUGUAUACGGGGGGUGAUUGGAUCUCUGACAACAGCUUGAUCAAAUCGCUCCCGGCGCCGUCGCCGAACCUGCAGUUCGCGAUGACGGUGCAGAAGAACUUCAGCGAGCAGACGACGAUGGCGCUGCUGCCGAACGGCACGGUGACGGCGCUGCUGUGGGACGGCCGCUUCCACGCCAUACCGAGCAUCAACUUCCGCGGCGGGCCGGACGUCAAUUUCACGUCGAUCGCGGCGAGCGAGGACGCGAUGAUCUACGGGAUCUCGGGCGAUGAGAUAUUGCAGUACGAGCCGGAUCAGACGGACAUUUAUAGUUAUGUGUAUGUUGGGAGGGUGUAUCCGUGAGGGUCUGGCUGAUUUGGAUGUGUGGAGUGUCCGCUUUAUGACGGUCCUACUUGGUUCGUUGGAUACUCAUGUCCAGAGCUGGUAUGACCGUGUUGAUGUCCUCGCGUUCUUUAAUGGAUUCAAGGAUUUUAUAGGGUUUCAAAAAAGGCGGAAGACAGACGCCUCAGCUAAGAGAGGUUAGGAGUGGUUUCGGGCCAUAGUAUAUAAGUCUCUGAAUAAUCUGAGCUGCUCAUUACCUCUAUUUGUCCUUGAAUGAUUCAAGAAUGAUUGGUCUUGUAGCUAUGUCUUGUUACAUACUGUUCGACCUGACGUUCUAUAGCAAAGGUUUAGAAAC